AUGCCGGACCCUAUUACUGUUAGCACUAUAGCUAGUGUAGCCGGGGCUCUAUCUCAUUCAAUCUCCAUCGCUGCAUUCGUCAAAGAUAUCAAGAAUACUCCAGCAGACGUAAAGACCUGUUUCUCCCUCACCGAACGGGUUUCUACUGACCUAGAACAUCUUAUUCUUCUCCGUUCCCAACAUUCUAAAUAUCUUUCUCGAAGCCCAUUUGCCUCCAAAAGACUAGAUGGCAUCAUCAAUGAUGUAAGAGAAAGUAUCUUGGACAUAUGCAGACUAUUGGAAGGGUGUAGAAAAGAGGUUUAUGAAGGUGAACAUAUCCCGGUGAAGAAGAGGUUGCAAUGGGUACUAGGCGAUGGAUCAGCAUUUGAGAGGAGAAGAGGGAAUCUGCAACAACAGCAUAUUGCACUUCUGGCGGAAAUUGGAUGGUUAAGGGGACUUGAAGUGGGGAAGGGAACAGGGAAUUUGGAGUUUGAAAAUGUUGAAUUGUUGAGCGCAGGAAGAAGGGAGAGGAAGAGCAGUUCAGUUUCUCAGACUGGAAAUCGAUACGAGGGUAUUGACUUGAGACAGCCAAGUAAAGGUGUGGAAGUGGAAGUUGAGGAACUAGAUUUUGGUGGGGAUAUAGAGCCAGACUCUCCCGUGGCAAAGGAAAACAUAGCUAGGAAACCUGUGGCUAUUCCUAGCGAAAGUCGUCAAGAGUUCAGCAAAUAUGAGGAAUCGGAUGAUGAGGAUCCAGAAUUGGCUUUUUACAGAGAUUUGAGGAGACAAGAAGAAGAAAGACAUAAGAGAAUGGCCGGGAGGAAGAAGUUGAGAAAUCCAUGA